GCUAAAGCCUAAACCUCUGACAUGGCCACAGCCUCACCAAGAUCUGAUACAAGUAACAACCAUAAUGGAAGAUUACAGUUGCAAGUAACAGUUUCUAGUGCCAAACUGAAACGGAAAAAGAAUUGGUUUGGAACAACUUUCUACACGGAAUUAACUGCAGAUGGAGAAAUUAAAAAAACAGCAAAAUCAAGUAGUUCUUCAAAUCCAAAAUGGGAUGAGCAGCUGACAGUGAAUGUGACUCCACAGACUACGCUGGAAUUUAGAGUGUGGAGCCAUCACACUUUAAAAGCAGAUGCUUUAUUAGGAAGAGCCACUGUAGACUUGAGACAAGCUUUGGAAAUACACAAUAGAAAAUUGGAGAAAGUGAAAGAACAGUUGAAACUCUCUUUGGAAAACAAGAGUGGCAUGGUGCAAACAGGUGAACUGACAGUUGUGCUAGAUGGUUUGGUUGUUGAACAGGAAUCUCUUACAAAUCUCAGUUCACCAGCAACCAUAGAAGUUCAGCAAAAUGGUGACACCAUUCAUGAAAGCAGAGAUGCUUCAGCAAGAAGUACAUCCAGAUCUGCUUGUGACAUUUCUAAUGGGAUAGACAAUCAAGUACCUUCCAACCCUGUAGAACAGAAUACAUUCUGUAGAGAAGCUGUUAAUGGAGACAGCACACCAUCCCCUACUCACGUUGCAGCCAGACCCAAAAAUACACCAGUACCAAAACCACUUGCAGCUCAGCCUGUCAACAGCACUGUUAACGGCGAGUCAUCCGCCUCUGCACCAGAAGCUGGUAAUUCUUCUGUCUCUGAGGCUCCGAUAGGUUCAGCUGAACCUCCCGUGUCUUUAGAUUGCGCUAACACUACAGCAGAACCUCAGUCAACAACAGAAGCAACUAGUUGUUCUGAAAGCCACACUUCUGCGUUACCUGCUGUGUCUGCUGGACUAGAACCUUCAGCUGUAACAGACUGUGCUCAACCUAAUGUUAGAAACAGUACAGCAGCAGACGCAGCGAAACCAAGGGAAUCCUCCUCCACUUCAAGUGCUUCUGCAGAACCUGUAAGACAGCAGCCUGGUAGUGCCAGUACGGAACCUCUGCCACCAGGGUGGGAGCAAAGAAAGGAUCCUCAUGGUAGAACCUAUUAUGUUGAUCACAACACACGAACUACAACAUGGGAAAGACCACAGCCAUUACCUCCUGGCUGGGAAAGAAGAGUUGAUGAUCGUGGGAGAGUUUACUAUGUGGACCACAAUACCAGAACAACAACGUGGCAGCGACCAACAAUGGAGUCAGUCAGGAACUUUGAGCAAUGGCAAUCUCAACGGAAUCAACUGCAGGGAGCUAUGCAACAAUUUAACCAACGAUACCUCUAUUCGGCUUCGAUGUUGUCAGCAGAAAAUGAUCCUCUUGGGCCUUUACCACCAGGCUGGGAAAGGAGAGUGGAUUCAAAUGAUAGGGUAUAUUUUGUAAAUCAUAACACAAAGACAACACAGUGGGAAGACCCUCGAACUCAAGGUUUACAGAAUGAGGACCCCCUUCCAGAGGGCUGGGAAAUCAGAUAUACCAGAGAAGGUGUCAGAUACUUUGUUGACCAUAAUACAAGAACCACCACCUUCAAUGAUCCUCGUACUGGGAAAUCUUCUGUAAAUAAAGGGCCACAGAUUGCUUAUGAGCGUAGCUUUAGGUGGAAACUUGCUCAUUUCCGUUACUUGUGUCAGUCCAAUGCACUGCCAAGUCAUGUGAAAAUCAAUGUAUCCAGACAGACUUUGUUUGAGGAUUCCUUCCAGCAAAUUAUGGCAUUAAAACCCUAUGAUUUGAGGAGAAGAUUAUAUGUUAUAUUCAGAGGAGAAGAAGGAUUGGAUUAUGGUGGCUUGGCAAGAGAAUGGUUUUUCUUGCUUUCCCAUGAAGUACUGAAUCCUAUGUACUGCCUAUUUGAAUAUGCUGGCAAGAGCAACUAUUGCCUGCAGAUAAAUCCAGCAUCAACAAUCAAUCCUGAUCAUCUUUCAUAUUUCUGUUUCAUUGGGCGCUUUAUUGCCAUGGCAUUGUUUCAUGGGAAAUUUAUUGACACUGGUUUUUCUCUGCCUUUCUACAAACGAAUGCUGAGCAAGAAACUUACUAUUAAGGACCUAGAAUCUAUUGAUACUGAAUUUUACAACUCCCUAAUUUGGAUAAGGGAUAAUAACAUCGAAGAGUGUAACUUGGAGAUGUACUUUUGUGUGGAUAUGGAGCUCUUAGGAAAAGUAACCUCACAUGAGCUGAAAUCAGGAGGUUCAAAUAUCUUGGUAACUGAGGAGAACAAGGAAGAAUAUAUUGGGCUAAUGGCUGAGUGGCGAUUUUCUCGGGGAGUUAGAGAACAAACCAAAGCUUUUCUUGAUGGUUUUAAUGAAGUUGUUCCUCUACAGUGGCUACACUAUUUUGAUGAAAAGGAGCUGGAGGUUAUGCUCUGUGGCAUGCAAGAAGUUGAUUUAGCAGACUGGCAGAGGAACACCGUUUAUCGUCAUUAUACAAGGAAUAGCAAGCAGAUCAUAUGGUUCUGGCAGUUUGUAAAAGAAACAGACAACGAGGUUCGCAUGCGACUUCUGCAGUUUGUUACUGGCACUUGCAGAUUACCACUGGGUGGAUUUGCUGAACUUAUGGGAAGUAAUGGUCCUCAGAAAUUCUGCAUUGAAAAAGUUGGUAAGGAAACCUGGUUACCAAGAAGUCAUACUUGUUUUAAUCGUUUGGAUUUGCCACCAUAUAAAAGCUAUGAACAACUAAAAGAGAAGCUGCUCUUUGCCAUUGAAGAAACAGAGGGAUUUGGUCAAGAGUAGAAGUGGCUUCUAGUCAAAAAGGAGAUAUUGCAUAAUAAAAGGCCCAGCCAACUAAAAUUGCACACUUAAUUGUAUAUAAGCUUUUUGUUCUGUACAGUGAUCUUUCUGGAACUCUAAAAGUAUAAUUGUUCUCCGUUCUUCCACAAAGAUAUGCAAAACAGUUCAGCCUUUUCUACUUUUAUUUAUUGCCCUUCCAAAAGACCAGAAAAAACCCUCAUAAAUUUUGAAAGCAGACAAGAGACUUAUUUAAAAUAUAUAUUAAAAA